UUGGUCACACUGCACACUAAUUCCUUUGUGCGUGCUGUACAUUUUAUUUUUUCCUGCAUUUGCUGUAAAAAAUAAAACAAAACAGUAAUACCUGACAUACGGUGCUUGGACUUUGAAGCUGCUUGAGUGUUAAGAACAAACAAUACAAGAAUGGCGGAUAUUAACGACUCCAACGGAAACUACGACGAUGGCGACGAGAUCACCGAGCCAGAGCAGCUGCGCAAACUGUUCAUCGGCGGCCUGGACUACCGCACCACAGACGAAGGCCUAAAGGCGCACUUCGAGAAAUGGGGCAACAUUGUGGACGUGGUGGUGAUGAAGGAUCCCAAGACGAAGCGCUCUCGCGGCUUCGGGUUCAUCACUUACUCCCAGUCGUACAUGAUCGACAAUGCGCAGGAUGCCAGACCACACAAGAUCGAUGGACGCACCGUGGAGCCCAAGAGGGCUGUGCCGCGCCAGGAGAUCGAUGCCCCGAACGCGGGAGCUACAGUGAAGAAGCUCUUUGUUGGCGGACUUCGUGACGAUCACGAUGAGGAGUGCCUGCGCGAGUACUUCAAGGACUUUGGCCAGAUCGUUGGCGUGAACAUUGUCUCCGACAAGGACACCGGCAAGAAGCGCGGCUUUGCCUUCAUUGAGUUCGAUGACUACGAUCCCGUGGACAAAAUCAUUCUCCAGAAGAACCACACCAUCAAGAACAAGAGCCUGGACGUGAAGAAGGCGAUUGCCAAGCAGGACAUGGAUCGCCAGGGCGGUGGUGGUGGCGGAGGAGGUGGCGGUGGCCAGGGCGGACGCGGAGGUCCUCGUGCUGGCGGUCGUGGCGGCCAGGGUGAUCGCGGCCAGGGAGGCGGCGGCGGUGGCUGGGGAGGCCAGAACAGGCAGAACGGUGGAGGCAACUGGGGCGGAGCUGGCGGCGGCGGUUUCGGUAACAGCGGCGGCAACUUUGGAGGCGGUCAGGGUGGCGGCUCGGGCGGUUGGAACCAGCAGGGCGGAAGCGGAGGUGGCCCAUGGAACAACCAGGGUGGCGGCAACAGUGGCUGGAACGGUGGUGGUGGGGGCGGUGGGUACGGCGGCAAUAGCAAUGGUAGCUGGGGCGGUAACGGCGGUGGCGGAGGCUUCGGCAACGAUUACCAGCAGAGCUACGGUGGUGGACCACAGCGCAACAACAACUUUGGCAACAACCGUCCAGCUCCUUACAGUCAAGGAGGCAGUGGAGGAUUCAACAAGGGUAACCAGGGUGGAGGUGGUCAAGGCUUUGUCGGCAACAACUACAACUCCGGAGGCGGUGGACAGGGUGGCAACAUGGGCGGCGGCAAUAGACGUUACUAGACAAGGUAAACACACAUAGAGAGAGAGUGUCAGUUCAAGCUAGACGACAAACAGGCAGUCUAGGCAGGCAGAUGCAGAGGCACAAGCACAUUCACAGGCAGGCAAUCAGUAGCAGGUGUGUGUCAGACCAGGCAGACAAGAUCAGAACCAAGAAAUCCAGAUGCAGAACCAAUAACCAGGCCGAGAGCAAGUGCAAGCAUUCAGUUUUGGGUCCGGCCUUAGAACCUGCAGGCCAAAACCAAAAACCACUUGCCAAAAGCACGAAGCAAAUAAUAUGCGUUAAGCAAAACAGCCAAAAGCAAAACGAAACGAAUCGGCGCCACUUGUCCACAGUUUGAAUGCUGCUAUCUCUCUUUUGUAACCAUUAAUUCGCUGAUCAAUUCAUGUUUAGGAUGCUAAGAACCCUGAACGCUUAGUUUUAACUAUAUAAACAAAAACAAACGAAAAGAAAGAAACAAACCAACCAACAAAAUAUAAAUUAAACAAUAAUUUUAUUGUAUAAAAUUGACUACCAACUGAGCGACGACGGAUUCUCCUCUGGAUCCAGUUGUUGUAAGGGUGUUAUAAGGUAGAGUACCUUCCUUGAUAUUUAUUCAUGUCGAAAUGGCCCACAGCUAGAUGUAUUUUCAAUUGAUUUUAUUUUAUAGCGAUCCAGCGAAAUGUAAGAAAUCAAAUAGAACCAUAUUUUGUAAUCACUUUUUUGUACAACUAAGAACUUUUAUAUAUUUAUUCUAUGAUUUAUGGCAAAGAAGAUCCCAAUUCCUGAAAAGCGAAAGCCACGCAUAUUUGUGUACACGCUGCACAGUGGCCAAGAAGUGGUGUCCUAGCAAGCGAAAUCCAUAUAUACAUACCAACUCUGUUAGUCCUUAAGAAGUAGAUGCUACGCUAAGCCAGACAAAAAAGAAACCGCUAAACAAAUAUCACAAACAUUCUGUAAUUAGUUCGUUACGAUUGAAACGAAAGCGACGAGAUACAAGCAAAAUAAAAUCCUAACCAAUGUUACCUACCCACCCGAACCAAAA